AUGCAUAAGUUUGUGGGCGCUGUGCUGGCCCUGAUUCUGUGCCUCGCUGUGGGCAUGAGCUCCGGGGCGACCUACUACCUCUACCCGGACAACGCCGGGUGGUCGACCACCCUGAGCAGCCUCCAGGCCGGCGACACUGCCAUCUUCGCCGCAGGCACGUACACCCUCACGGGGUACUACGCGCUCAACCUGGCCGGUACGGCGGCCGCGCCCAUCGUGGUGAAGGGCGCCGGUGCGGGUCAGACCAUCAUCCGCCAGCAGAGCACCGUCCAGAACAUCGUCAACAUGGUCGGCCAGUACUUCAGCUUCUACAACAUGUCCUUCACCGGCGGUUCUCGCGGCGUCCGCCUCGGUCCUCAGUCAGCGUCGUACGUCACGUUCGAGGGGGUGCAGAUCUACCAUACCCAGGCGACGGCGUUCAGCGCCAACGACGCCGGCGCCGUCUACUCGAACCUGGUGCUGCGGCGCAUGGAGGUGUACGACACGGGCUCGGAGACGGGUGAGUGCUUCUACCUCGGGUGCAACAACGACGCGUGCCAGGUGCGCGACAGCCUCGUGGAGCUCAACUACUGCCACGACACAGCCACCGCCCAGGCGGGCUACGGCAGUGGCAUCCAGCUCAAGACCGGCUCCUACCGCAACAUCAUCAGGGACAAUGUUAUCUACAACACUGGUGCUCCUGGCAUUCUGAUCUACGAUGACUACCAAAGGGGCGUGAACUUGGUCGAGGGCAACGUGAUAGUGGGGACCCAGGACGCUGGCAUUCAGCUCAGCUCGGGCGCCAUCAUCAGGAACAACAUCGUUGUGGGCGCGGCGGGUUACGGCAUCUUCCUGGCCAACAACCAGAACCAGCAGAGCGGCGUGUUCCACGACGUCCAGAUCGUGCACAACACUGUUUAUAACUCCGGCGCUGCCGAUCUCUACCUCAGGGCGCUGAGCGGAAGCCAGUUCGUGAUCGCCAACAACGCGUUCCUGUCGUCAAGCAACGCCUUCGCCGUGCAGACCCAGACCAACACCGUGUGGCUCAAGAACGCCUACGUGUCCGGCUCCGCCCCUCCUGGCGUGCCAUCGACUGGUGUGUUCCAGGUGACCGCCGGCGCGGUGAUCAACGCGGGCGCCAACAACUUCUACCCGUCGGUCGGCAGCCCGCUCAUCAACGCCGGCAGCACGGCCUAUCCGUCGCCCGCCACCCGCGACUACAACGGCUCCCCCCGAACCGGCUCCACCCCCACCGUCGGCGCCUUCACCUACACGACUUCGACCAAUCCCGGCGCGGCCAUCGCCCGGGGCUUCAAGACUCUGAUUGGCUCGGCGCCCGCGGCCUCGGCCAGCUCCGUGCCCAGCGCGUCCAGGACUCCCUCCUCGACUCCCACCAGGACUCCCACUAGGACUCCGUCGCCCAGCACUUCCAAGGUCGUCGCGCCCAGCGCCACGCGCACUCCGACCGCGACUCCCACCAGGACUCCCACUAGGACUCCGUCGCCCAGCACGUCCAAGGUCGUCGCGCCCAGCCCGUCGCGCACCCCAACCGCGACUCCCACCAGGAGCCCGACCAGGACUCCCACUAGGACUCCGUCGCCGAGCACGUCCAAGUCCCCCAGCACCGGUAACACGUACUACCUGACCCCGACCAGCGCUUGGACCACCACCAUCGGCACCCUCCAGGCCGGCGACACUGCCAUCCUUGCCGCUGGAACGUACACGCUCAACGGCUAUUGGGCGCUCAACCUUGUGGGCAGCGCGAGCGCGAAGAUCAAGAUCAAGGGCGCCGGCACGGGCCAGACCAUCAUCCGGCAGCUCAGCACCGCCCAGAACAUUCUCAACGUGCAGGGCCAGCACUUCGGCUUCUACGACCUCGACUUCACCGGCGGCUCUCGCGGCAUCCGCCUCGGCACCCAGUCGACUUCCUAUGCUACUUUCGACAAUGUGCGCAUUUACUCGACUCAGUCGACGGCGUUCAGCGCCAACGACGCCGGCGCCGUCUACUCGAACCUGGUGCUGCGGCGCAUGGAGGUGUUCGACACGGGCUACGACACGAGCGAGUGCUUCUACCUCGGGUGCAACAACGACGCGUGCCAGGUGCGCGACAGCCUCGUGGAGCGCAACUACUGCCACGACACCACCAACGCCGUGGCCGGCUUCGGCAGCGGCGUCCAGAUCAAGACCGGCUCCUACAACAACAUCGUUAGGGACAACGUGUUCUACAAUGUCAACGCUCCCGGCGUUCUGCUCUAUUCCGACUACCAGCGCGGCGCCAACUUGGUCGAGGGCAAUGUGAUCAUCAACUCGGGAGACAACGGCAUCCAGGUGAGCUCGGGCGCCCUGAUCAGGAACAACAUCAUCGUGGGCGCGGCGGGCUACGGCAUCUUCCUGGCCAACAACCAGAACCAGCAGAGCGGGGUCUAUUCCAACGUACAGAUCGUCCACAACACGAUCUACAACUCGGGCUACGUCGACCUCUAUCUUCCUGCUUUGAGUGGAAGUCAGUUCGUGGUCGCCAACAACGCGUUCCUGUCGGCCAACGCCUUCGCGGUGCAGACCCAGACCAACACCGUGUGGCUCAAGAACGCCUACGUCGGCUCCACCCCGGCCGGCGUGCCCUCGACCGGCGUGUUCCAGGUCACGACCGGCGCGGUGACCAACGCGGCGGCCAACAACUUUUACCCAUCGGCGACCAGCGCCCUCAAGAACGCCGGCAGCGCGGCCUAUACGGCGCCGGCGACCAAGGACUUCAACAACACGCCCCGGUCCAACACCACCCCCACUGUCGGCGCCUACGAGUACACCACCACUACAAAUCCUGGCCCGGCCAUUGGUCCUGGGUUCAAGUUCUGA